AUGAGUAACAUUAGUAAACAAGUUAUUAAAUCAUAUAUUAGAUUAUUAAGAACAGAAAAGAGAGUGUUUGGACAAGAUAUGCCAACACUCGACAGAGUGACUGAACAGACUAGAACUCAAUUCAGAGCCAAUAGCAAUGAAUCUGAUCCUAUCAAGAUUGACGAGAUGGUACAACAUGCAAACGCUGUCUCUGACUUUUUGUUAACAAAUACUGUUCAAGCUGUUAAAAAGACUGAUACUCAGUUUGGUAUGAAACUCGAACAACAACAAGACAAGACUAUAGUAACAUUAAAAUUUAGACCAGAGAAUGAAUUACAUGUAGAAAAGACAUAUGAAUUUGUUGGAGAUCAAGGAAGAAAGAGAGUUGUAAAUAGAAAUAGAAAUAAGGAUGCUGCUGCUGGUGCUGCUGCAUCUGACCCAAUGGCUGGAUCGAUGGAAAAGUUUAAACCUAUUAGAAGAAAGUUUGAAUUUCAAGGUAGAACAGUUUAUGAAUGGGAUCAAACAUUGGAAGAUGUUAAUAUAUAUAUUACACCUCCACCAGGUGUAACUGCAAAGAUGAUAGAUUGUACAAUUACAAAGACAAGAUUAAGUGUUGGUUUAAAAGGUAAUCCUCCUUUUUUAGAUGAAGAAUUCUAUUCAACUAUAAAAGAAAAGGAAUCACUUUGGAUGAUAGAAGAUGGUGAAUUACAUAUUACAUUACAAAAGAUGACCAAGGCAGAGACAUGGUCUAUGGCACUCAAAGGACAUAAACUAUUGUCAGACACACAAAAAGAAACACAAAUCAGUGAAGAUGUAAAGAAACAGAUGAUGUUGGAACGAUUCCAACAAGAACAUCCAGAGUUUGAUUUCAGUAGUGCUCAAUUCAAUGGUGAAGCUCCUGACGCCAAAACAUUCCUCGGAGGAAUGAAAGAAUAG